UCCAUUACAAUAAAUUUUUACCAACACUUGAAUGCAGUCAAUACCAACAACUUCAGCUAAAUGAAAAGAAAUUACCAUGUUAUUUAUUCUCCACAAUAAGAAUAAAAGAGUAGCAAUUGAUAAUACAGUAGUUUUCAUUUGAUUUAUUUGCAUCUCAAUAGAAUAAUAUAAAAUUACAAUUGUUCCCUAAAUGAGGAAGUCUAACUUUCAUUUAAUAAAUUUUGUAGUGGAAUGUAAGUUUAUUUACUGACUGGUACAUACUCAGUAAUAACAAUUUUACUAAUUUUCAAUUUAAAUUUUGUGUUACAGAAUGACUCGUGUUUAAUUUGAAAUGUUACUAGAUUUAGUAAAAGAUGACAUUUCAAAAGAUAACACAAAUUUCAGGAAAAGUAUAACAGCCAGAGAACGCCUAGCAAUAUGUCUCAGAUUCCUUGCAACAGGAGACAGUUAUGCAUCUCUGAACUACAACUUUCGGGUUGGAAAAUCUACAAUUAGUGCAAUUGUUGUUGAGGUCGCUGAAGCAAUAUGGCUUAGGCUCCAGCCACUUUAUAUGGCACUACGAAGUAAAAAGGAAUGGGCCGACAUUUCAUCUACAUUCAAGGAAAGAUGGAAUUUUCCAAAUUGUGUGGGUGCAAUUGAUGGAAAACAUGUGGUGAUUAAAGCACCAGACAACUCGGGUUCCCUUUUUUACAACUAUAAGGGAACCUAUUCAGUUGUACUUAUGGCAGUGGUUGACCCAAACUACAAUUUUAUUUUUGUUGAUGUUGGCAACUACGGUUCGAGUAGUGAUGGUGGAAUCUUUUCAAGAAUGAAUUUAAAAUUAGCCCUCGAGUCAAAUUCAAUUGGGAUUCCACCACCAAAAGAAUUGCCGGGAAUGCCAGAGCUGGGACUUGUGCCCCACGUUAUUGUAGGAGAUGAGGCAUUCCCUCUGAAAAACCACCUAAUGAGGCCAUUUCCAGGAAAGAAUUUGAUGAAGGAGCAUCGUGUGUACAAUUACCGGCACAGCUGAGCAAGGAGGAUAUCAGAAAAUGCUUUCGGCAUUCUAGCGAACAAAUUUAGGAUGUACCACCGAAAGUUAGAAUUAAAACCUGAAAACAUCGACAAGGUUGUACUAUGCACAUGUGUACUACACAACUUUAUCCGGAAAACCAACUCAAGUAAUGUAGGAUUUAAUCCUGAUCUGGAGGAGGAACCUAUUACUGAGCAAAAUGGUCUGCUCAAUUUGGAGUACAGAGGAUAUCAUAGUGGAAGGGAUGCCAUUGAUGUCAGAGAAAAAUUUUCAAGAUGGUUCAAUUCUGAGAUUGGGAGAGUAUCAUGGAAAAACU